CUUCAACCUUUUUUUCUGUGCUUCAAAAAUAUCAAGUCAAGAAAAUAACCUUUUUUCUUGUUUUCCCCUUUUCGUUCCUGAGUUUAAUGUAUGCCAACGCCCAUUCCACAAAGCGAUUUCCUACUGCAUGUCGCUUCUUUUCUCAGGGCAACUGUCGUGCCGGUGACGAAUGCCUGUUUGCUCACAUUCUGCCCAUCAAAGGCAGUCCAAGCAACCUCUCGCACGACCUGCUGUUUGGCGACCUAGACCGUGUCGACGCGAUUGCCAACCGCAACGACAUCUGUCACCAUGCCGAUAGCGAGGCAUCAGCCUCAGAACCACUGCACCCACAACCAUUGCAACCGCCAGAAACAAUACCAGCAACAGCAGAAGCAGAAGCUAUGACAAUAGCACCAGCAUCACUAGUACAGCCACAACAGCGAAAGAGCAUUAGCACAAGCAGUGAAACGCAUUCUAUACACAAGGCAAUUAGAGAUUUAGAACUCGGUCAGCUUGAAAAGAACUACAAACCGUUUUUCCAACAGCCUAGCAUCAAUUUCAAGGACGCAUAUACGGUCUUGAAUAUAAGCUUACCAAUACCGGAAAGUAACGGUGAUCCGUCGGAACUGCACCUGCAAUUGCUUAUCCCAUACGACUAUCCACAGACGCAGUGCACAAUACAGAUAAAGAAUGCGGAUAUUGCAGCAGGAGUUAAAGGGUUCAUUGAAAAGUCGUUUGAAAAAUGUGAAUGGCAGCAGCAACGGCACUUGACACUGCUCCAGCAUCUGGACUGGUUGAAAUCCAACUUUGCAGUGCUCCACAGUCAAGCCAUCACAGGCUCAUAGAGUACAGCAACCCCUUUAUAACUUCUUCAUGCACACACACACACACAUACACACACACGCAUUGCACGCCAUUUUCCCAUAUAUCAUUCCAUGCACACAAACACGCAUACACUCAUAUAUAUCAUGCACACACUCAUACGCCAUCACACUUAUUUUUCUUUGAUCUUUUCACCCCUCUCGUUCACACACACCACGCCCCUCUUUGCACUCGAAACGUAUAGAGGACUGGAUCUCAAAUAAGCACGAAACAUCAUUGUAAUUAGUACAGAAUAACUAUUUCU